AUGUGCACAGAAAUCUACACCCACUACAUCCGCUGCACACACAAACAGCUGCAACGCUGGGACUACUGCGCAGUUCUCAUGCCCGCCGACCGCAUCCCCAGGACCGGCCGCGCAUGCCGAAGAUACAAACUACGCCACAAAGACACAUUCAACAACGACGCAUGUUAUGAGUGCCUGCGCGAGCGAGCCAUUGCUGAAGCGACUGGUGCCGUGUUACCCCCUUCUCCUCAACGAGCGGGUGUGCAGGCAAGGGGGUUGUUUGCAAUGAGUGACACAUUUUCUACGUUGGCGGGGAGUACGAGUAUGGGAAGUGUGUUUGUAAGGGACAAGAGGGGGAGUAAGGAUAGUGCGGGGAGCUUGGCCCAGAGUGAUGGGCCGGGGAGUCCGGUGAAGAUGGCGUGGGAGAGGGAUGAGGAGGAAGAUGGGCACGAGGAGAAGAAGAAAAAGGGAAUAAAGGGGUGGUUCAAGCAGGUUUUGCAGGGCACUGAGAUGGACCGGGCUGAGGCGGCGUCUAUGGCGUUCCAGUUUCCGAGGAUGGAUGCAUGA